CCGGCGCUUGGGCGGGGGCAGCGCGCGGAGCCCCCUGGCCGCCCCUACACCUGCGAGCCGGAGCGGGGACGUGCCGCUGCUCCUGGGAGCCGCGCGGAGCCAGGGCGGGCAGGGAGCCCAGCUUAUCCCCGCUACGCGGCAGACCGGAGCCGCCAGGCCCCUCUUCCCCCGUCAGUCCCGCUCGACCGCGCUGGGAGCCCCGCCCCCCCGCGUCAUUCCGAGGUGUCCGCCCCGCCUCCGAAAGCCCCGAUUGGAGCAUUUAAGAAAGCAGGAAAUGACGAUGGCCGAUGGGGCGGGGGGACCGGAAGUGGAAGAAACGGUACCCGGAAGUGGCCGUCCACCCUUUUGCCCUUUUCGGUGCCGGUCACGUGGGAACGGCGCGGUGACGUACCCGGCUCGGCUCGGCAUGGCGGACACGGCCUCGCAGGUGCUGCUGGGCUCCGGCCUCACCGCGCUCUCCCAGCCGCUCAUGUACGUCAAGGUGCUGGUGCAGGUGGGAUAUGAGCCGCUUCCUCCGACCCUGGGCAGAAAUAUAUUUGGGCGACAGGUUUACCAGCUACCGGGACUCUUUGCAUAUGCUAAGCACAUUAUGAAGAUAGACGGAAGAGCCGGACUCUUCAAAGGGUUGACUCCCAGACUCUGCUCAGGCGCCAUCGGCACCAUCGUGCACGGCCAGGUGUUACAGCGGUACCAGGAAGCUGACCAGGAGGAGGAGCCUGGGGCCAGCCUUAAGGAGCCCGUGUCCUCGUGGGAGCAGGUCAUCAAGGAGACUUCCCGAGAGAUGGUUGCCCGUUCUGCUGCAACGCUAGUCACCCAUCCCUUCCACGUGAUCACGCUGAGAUGCAUGGUGCAGUUCAUUGGCAGGGAGACCAAGUACAGUGGCAUCUUCAGCCCCUUCGUCACCAUCUACCGGGAAGAGGGCAUCCUGGGCUUCUUUGCGGGGCUCUUUCCCCGGCUGCUGGGCGACGUGCUGUCGCUGUGGCUCUGUAACAUGCUGGCCUACCUCAUCAAUACCUAUGCACUGGAGAACGGGGUCUCCACCAUGAGCGAGAUGAAGAGCUACUCACAGGCUGUCACUGGAUUCUUCGCCAGUAUGCUGACGUACCCCUUCGUGCUCGUCUCCAACCUGAUGGCCAUUAACAACUGUGGGCUGGCUGGUGGCCUCCCCCCCUACGCACCCAACUACUCCUCCUGGUUAGACUGCUGGAGCCAGCUGCUCAAGGAGGGGAACAUGAGCCGAGGCAACAGCCUGUUUUUCCGGAAGGUGCCUGCGGGGAAGCUGUACGUGUGGGAGGAGAAGCGGUUCCGCUGAGGCUGGAGCUGGGCGAGGGGCCCGGGGCCAGGGGCCAGGCCCGGGGCUGGGCCGGAUGCACUGAAUGAUGGGAGAGUGGUGAUUUCUAUACAGUUUUUUAAAUAAUGAUUCAAUCUUGGGAAAUGGA